AUGGAUCAAAUUUGGAUGUUAAAAAUGUCAAUGGGUGCCUAUAGCUCAGGAACCUUCAGCAUUACAACAUCCAAGUCCCUGUUCGAAUACAGCCCCAAAAACCUCAAGGCCACAUGGAAAGAGAUUUUAGGUAUUUUAGGUAGGAACGACGUCCUCUUUCUGGGCUGUGCCAGACUGUGCACUAUUAGUUUCCAAACUGCAAAAGCACUGGAUGGCAGGUCAGGGGGCCGUGGGGAGAAGCAUGGGGGGCUUCUGAAGAGAAGACCCCAGUUUUACCACAGGAUGCACAAGCACAUGCGCCACAGUAAGAGUGGGGGCCAAAGUGAUACAGAUUUUGGACACAAUGUAACUGCUGAGCGCGACAGGCCCAGAAGUCCCUCACAGAAUAAACAUUCCAGGCUGAUACACGUUAUCCACAAAGGCCCUUUUCUGGCUCAGGGGAGCAGGGAUCUCAGUGUCGACACGGGCCUGGCUCAUGCCCGGUUCCAGGUCCGGCCAGUCCCACAGCCCUAUCAGCAUUACUUGGCUACUCCGCGGAUACACCACUUCCCCAGGAGCACGUCCUCAGCACAGAUGGUUGUUCAUGAAAUCGGAAAUUACCCUUAUCCUCAGCUUCAGCUACUUGCUCUUCAGGGUUUGAACCCAACCAGGCACACGUCCGCUGUGCGGGAAAGCUAUGAAGAGCUGCUGCAGCUGGAGGACAGGCUGGGCAGCGUGAGCCGGGGCGCCGUGCAGAACACCAUCGAGAGGUUCACCUUCCCACACAAGUACAAGAAGAGAAGACUGCAGGAGGGCCAAGCUGAGCAAGAGGAUGGCGAGGAGUCAGACACCGACGAGAAGUGCACAAUCUGUCUAUCCAUGCUUGAAGAUGGAGAAGAUGUGAGGGUGCUGCUCCGCUUUGUCCACCUUGUCUCACCCCAUGGUUAA